GUUAAAUUUUCAAAAACAUUGUUCAUUUCACAAUAUUUUAGAAUUAAUUAUGGACAUGCCAUCUAUUAUAUUAAAAUACUGAAAGGUUGGUCGUAUUCAAACUGUUUCUAGACAUUAUUUAUAUAUGGUUUAUGAAAUCAGAGCAUACUGGUAAGGAAGUAGAUUCCGGAUAGGAGCAGUUUCCGGAUAUGGCAUUGCAAUGGUCAAAUGUGUCUGUUAAGAUUGGAGGGAAAAAGAUUUUGCACAGUGUCAGUGGCACAGUGGCACCUGGCGAACUGCUGUCUAUUAUGGCACCCAGUGGAGCUGGAAAAACUACACUGCUAAAUACCCUGAAUGGACGCAUUUCAUACAGUGGUGAAAUCUGUGUGGGGAAUACGCCUCUGAAUAAAUCAUUACGAAGACGAAUGUGCUAUGUUCUGCAACAGGACUACUUCUUUGCAAAUUUGACUUUAAAAGAAACCUUGGAGUUUACAGCAAUGAUAAGAUUGCCAGAUGAAUUGUCAGUUGAAGAAAAAAAUGUGAGACUCCAGUCUGUGAUAGAUGCAUUAGAUUUAAACAAGUGUCUAGAUACAGAGAUGGGAGGUAUUUUCACACCUGGACUAUCUGGAGGGGAGAUGAAGAGAGCCAGUAUUGCUUGUGAAUUAAUACGGGACCCAGACAUUAUAUUUCUUGAUGAACCAACUACUGGUUUAGACUCGAGUACGACCACCAGUUUGAUAUCACUGUUGAAGACGUAUGCAGCAGAAUGCAGCAAGUCAGUUAUAGCCUCAAUACACCAACCUUCAUCGCAGAAUUUCUUUCAGUUUGAUAAACUCAUGUUACUAACUGGAGGGCAGGUUUGA